GGCAACACCGAACCGCAUCGUGAGAAAGUUGGAAGAAAAAACGCCGCCUCCGCCGAAAAGUUAGUAAAUAUUUAUAAAAUACAGCCCAAUCGCACAGAACUGAGCAGUGAAAAUGGCGCGCAAGAAUGCCCAGGCCGAGGACCUGUCGAACGUGGAGUUCGAGACUAGCGAGGACGUGGAGGUGAUUCCCACCUUCAACGCCAUGAAUCUGAAGGAGGAGCUGCUACGCGGCAUCUACGCGUACGGCUUCGAGAAACCCUCGGCCAUCCAGCAGAGAAGCAUUAAACCCAUCGUCAAGGGACGCGAUGUGAUUGCCCAGGCGCAGUCGGGCACGGGCAAGACUGCCACCUUCUCCAUCUCCAUCCUGCAGAGCCUGGACACAACACUUCGGGAAACCCAGGUGCUCUGCCUCUCGCCCACACGCGAGUUAGCAGUACAGAUCCAGAAAGUUAUCCUGGCCCUUGGCGACAUGAUGAACGUGCAGUGCCAUGUGUGCAUCGGCGGCACAAAUCUGGGCGAGGACAUCCGCAAACUGGACUACGGUCAGCACAUUGUCAGCGGUACCCCAGGAAGAGUAUUUGACAUGAUCAAGCGACGCGUGCUCCGAACAAGGGCUAUCAAGAUGCUGGUGCUGGAUGAAGCCGAUGAGAUGCUCAACAAAGGUUUUAAGGAACAAAUUUACGAUGUAUAUCGUUAUUUGCCACCUGCCACUCAGGUGGUGCUCAUCUCGGCCACCUUGCCCCACGAGAUUCUCGAAAUGACCUCGAAAUUUAUGACAGAUCCCAUUCGCAUCUUGGUCAAGCGCGAUGAGUUGACGCUGGAGGGAAUCAAACAGUUCUUCGUGGCCGUCGAGCGAGAAGAGUGGAAAUUCGACACUCUGUGCGAUCUGUACGAUACUCUAACAAUCACCCAGGCAGUCAUCUUCUGCAACACGAAACGCAAGGUCGAUUGGCUGACGGAGAAGAUGCGGGAGGCCAACUUCACAGUGAGCUCUAUGCACGGCGACAUGCCGCAGAAAGAGCGUGACGAGAUCAUGAAGGAGUUCCGUGCAGGCCAGUCGCGCGUUCUCAUCACCACCGAUGUGUGGGCCCGUGGCAUUGAUGUGCAGCAGGUCUCGCUAGUAAUCAACUACGAUUUGCCCAACAACCGUGAGCUGUACAUCCACCGCAUCGGUCGAUCGGGUCGUUUUGGACGCAAGGGUGUUGCCAUCAACUUUGUCAAGUCCGAUGAUAUCCGCAUCCUGCGUGAUAUUGAACAGUACUACUCCACACAAAUCGACGAAAUGCCAAUGAACGUGGCCGACUUGAUCUAAACUACAAUUCUAUCUUUACUUUUAUGUAACGCACCUUUUCCUAGCAGUAAAAACCAACAAAUGAAGUAAAUACAAUUGAAGAGUAUUUGGCUUUCAAUAGACAACCAAAAUCUGUAUAAUAAUAAAUAACACAUAAGAAUUUAAUACAGAAA